UUUGUUGAUGAAAAAGAGAAUUCAAUAACACAAACUAUAUAGAAACACUACGCGUUGAUACAAUAAUCAAUUUUAAUUUUUAAUAAAGCUAUAGAAAACAGCAAUGGCUUUUAGUGAAGGUGAAGUUUGUAGAAUUUGUUUAAGCGUUAAUGUACGCAUGGUUGUACUAAAGGAGACUGGUCUCCAAAAUUUGUAUAGGACAUUGACGAACAGUUUUUUGGAUGAGAAUGAGGGGCCCAUAAUUGUCUGUUUCACCUGUCAUGCAAGACUCAUUCGUUGCAGAAGAUUACAACAACAGGCUAUUGAGUCAAAUGCGGUUCUGGAGCAGUUGCUUUCAGGAGGAUCCAUGUCAAUACCAAAACCGCAUAAGGUUAGAGAUGAGAUUAAAUUCACACCAAUUUAUCAUAUAGAUAUCUGGCCUGUAGAGUGUGAUAUAGACAAUGAUUGCAAGGACGAAAUUUUUUGCCUUGAUGCCGUUAAAGUUGAGGAAGAGAUUUUCGAAUAUGAGAAUUCCAAAUUUGAAGAAAAUGAGAAUCAUGAAACAGGUAAGAUAUACCCCUUUUCUUGAUAUUAUUAAAAUAAGGUACAAUUUACCUUAUGGCAAGUGGUUACUGUAGCCCGUAGACACAAAAUAAAGAGGGCUUCAUGUGUAAUGUAAUGAUUUACUGAUUUGCCUUUGUCUAAAUUCAAAGUGCAUGUCAGAAGCACUCUUAUUAAUACAUUAAAAAAAUAUUUUUACCCUGUCAGCUAGUAUGUAUGUCACUAAGAUACAUACUGGUAAGCAACCAAUUAUCUUUGCCAUCUUCUUAGUGUUAGUACUAGGUGGUGUGACUGCAUGUUUGCCUAGGAGUUGAUCUAUUUGUGCCUGCCCGGAUGGACUCCUCCCUCCUCCUCUUACCUAUUUCUGCCGUCAAAUAGCAGUGCGUGCACUGCUGUGUUCCAUUCUGAUGGGUAUAGAGUCAGAAUAAUCACAGGCUGUGGGUCAUUCCAUUUUAGUUGUGGUAGAGCCAUGCUGCAGCUAUAUUAGUAGUAUAGUUAUAGCACGAAUGGGUCAGCUCGACCGGGGAAAGACCACGCUCUCACAGAAUACCAGCGUAAAAUAGCAGCUUAACACUGCUGUGUUUCGUAUGGUGAUUGUAGAGAACCGGAUACCCUUUUUACUGGAAAAGAGGCAUUCCAUCGUAGUCCUCAUGGGUGACAAUGCAUCUGCAUUUUGAUUCUUUAUUGAGGACAGAUGUAGAUGUCUAUGGGUCACAGCGACCAUUUACCAUCGUGUGGACUGUGUGCUCAUUUGUCACCCUUUCCUAUAAAAAUUAAAAUGAAAAGAUGAGCGCAUUGCAUUAUUAAAUCUUCAUCAUUACAGCCUUCACAAGUCCACUGCUGAACAUAGGUCUCACCCACGGAAUGCCACAAAGCACAGGAAUCCAUCGCCUUCCUGCAUUUCUUACUAGGUCAUCAUUCCAUCUAAUGAAGAGCCGCCCUACACUUUGACUACUGGUACGAGGCUGCCACUCGUAAAACUUCCUCAUUCAUUGUCAUUUCUUCGAGCUAUAUGGCCGGAAUUUCAAAUUUCAAAGAAUUAAUUCAGCAUUUCAAACCAUGAUGUUGAAAGUAACUACAACAGAAGUGAGACGACGGGCCCGUGCUUGUGUUAAUAAUCGCAUCAAUUAUUUUGAGCAUCAACAAAUAAAUAAUUAGAAUUUUUAUUAGUCUGCCUAAAAAUUUAAAUUUUCUACCUCAAUCUGGUUUUAGGGGACAAUUGAAAAAUUUGUAACAAAUGCGUGUAAGUUAUACCUCAAAUGAAAGAGUAAUAACCAAGCAUGUUUUCAAAAAGGUUCUAACAAUAAAUUAAAGUACCAUCAGUUUUUUUUUAACGUAGUGUCAAAAAUGUUUUUUAUUUAAAAUGUUAAUUAACUUUCUUCAAAUCGUAGAAAAUUUUCGUGAACUUAGUGUCUGUACAAAAACAUUUCUGAUGACGCAGAUGCUGAGACUAUAUAUUUUCUUACAUUUCUUAUUCAUUACUUAAAUUAAAAAAAAACAGACGUUAAUUAAAUUGGCAAUUAUUAGCAAUUAACUGUAAAAUUUUUAGUUUUCUCACCAAAAACAAAAAGUAUAGUCAGACUUUGUCUAAAAUAACUAUGGCCUAAAUGAUCUUCUUCAAUCAACAAGUCAAUCUUCGAAUCAUUCUGUAUAAUGCUUGUCCCGUGUGCGAUUCGAAGCAUCUAUUAUUAGAUUAAGGUAGGUAAUUGUAACAUGGUGAGAAGAACAUCAUCAUUAUCAUUCGAAUUUAGUUUCUCUACCAUUCUUUCCCUCCAAAAAUGAAUAUGAGAGACAUUAUUAAAAGUAAAAUACUUUAUAUCUAGCAACAUUGUAUAAUUAUGUAAUUUUAUAAUUUAUUUAUUUCUCCCUGCUUGACUGAUAGAGAAUGCGUUUAAUUUGUCUUACAAUAAAAAGUUUUACUUAUAAUAAAUUAAAUGUUCAAUUCGUGUGUAUUUCAGAACCAUACAUCAUACCGACAAAUCAUUUUUCGAAAGCGUCUGAGAGCCAAAUUAAAUCAAAUUCUACUGAUUAUAACAUAAACGAUGUUCGUAAAGGAAACCUCGAUUUAGAAAGCCCUACUAUUAAAUCAAAGCCUAAAGUCAAAAAAGAUAAUCAACCAUUUAAUAAAAAAGGAAAGCAUCCUGC